AUGAAAGGGUUUGAUGGGCAUUUUAUUCUAUCUUGGCUACUGGAACAAGGCACUGCUCCAAAUGUCAUUCCCAACGGGUCCAAGCUAAUGGCAAUAACUCACCCGAACUUAAACAUCCGCAUCAUAGACUCUUUCAACUUCCUUCCUAUGGCUCUAGCGAAGUUGCCUGAAUGUUUCGGGCUUGAGGAGUUGAAAAAGGGCUAUUUCCCCCAUACUUUUAACACUCGAGAAAACCAGAGCUAUGUUAACAAAUACUGUCAGUACCCAAUAGGCCAUCCAGAUAUAAUCACCGAAGGGUUUGGGGACAUAGAACAGUACUUCGGGAUAGUUAAAUGCAGGGUUGUGGCACCCCGUGAGUUAUACCUUCCAGUACUACCGUUUCGGACACAAGGGAAGUUGAUGUUCCCGUUAUGUAAGACAUGUGCUGAAACGUUGCAGCAAUCGCCUUGCACUCAUACUGAGGACGAAAGAGCCUUGGUUGGCACAUGGGUCACAGAAGAGGUGAAACUGGCUGUCAGGAAGGGCUACCGAGUGACACAUAUCUACGAGGUGUACGAUUUCAAAAAGAAGUCAGAUUCUCUUUUUAGGUCUUACAUUGACCUCUUUUUGAAAAUAAAACAAGAGAGCAGCGGUUGGCCCGCAGAAUGUGUAACAGAUGCAGAUAAAGAGAAUUACAUUUCUCAGUACAGGCAAAGGGAAGGAAUAUCAUUAGAUGCAGCCAGUAUUGAGAAAAACCCUGGUCGUCGACAAGUUGCCAAAUUGGCACUUAACAGUUUCUGGGGACGGUAA